UACCACACAGCUUUUCCUUCUUUUCUCACUCGAUACAUAUACACACCACAUUUAUCUUUAUAAUAUAAAUGUCUUACAAUAACCAGUCUAGUAAUCAUAUCCAGAACAUUGAUAGCAGCAACAACAACAACAAUAACAACAAUAAUAAUAAUGAUAAUAUACCACUUUUAACCGCCCCUUUUUUACAUUAUAUACCCACAUCACCUCCUUCCCAAGAUUUAGAUUUCCAUUUACCAUCUCGACGACCACACCUCGGUUUAACAGUAGGUGAAUGGGCUGGUAGAAAGACAACCGGACAAUGUAAUCAGCACUUAAGUGAUAAUUGUCACAAACAAUAUACAAUAGCAUCACAUCAUCACCAUCUUUAUAAUAGCAAUAAUAUACCCCGAUUAACCACAAAUUCAUCCACAGCAACUAAUAACAACAACACCAUUGCCUCUACAGUUACAGCUACUACUAAUAAUAUUAAUGAGCACGAAGCUGAUACAGAAGAUGAGCACAACGAAGAAGAAGAAACUGAUGAAGACGAAUGGAAAGACGUUUAUCGAAAUAUAAAAUGUAUGGAUCAACUCUAUGAUGCUUCAUUUUAUUCAUGGCUAAAGUCUGAGGAAAACGUACUUGUGACAGCCAUGUAUUUACACCGAAUUGCGAACGAGUAUCCUCUUGUAAGAAUCAUAAAUGCUUUGAAAUGGCUUAUCAGUGAUUGGCGAUUAGAAAGCAUCAGUACUCUUGUAAGACAUGUGACUGUAGAUUGGUGUGAUGAAGCAGGUGAUCUACGGCGCGCACACCUUUUACGUCAUUUAACGCAUAGUUGGGCUACUCAAUAUACCACAACACUCAUCGCAAUGGUGCUUUCUUCUGUACCUUAUACCACUCAAAACACAACCUGUCAAAAAGAACGAUUCUUGCGGGCGUUCACAAAAGAUUGGGAUUUCUCUAAACUAUCAGAGUUUUUCAUGUAUUUACAGAGCCCAGCGAACAUUGAUUAUAAAGUGAAAUGUGUUAUGCUACAGGAAGCAGCAAGAAGAGAAAGAGAAACUUUAGGUGCCAAACUUCGAAAGAAAAAACGUGCCACAGCAGCUGCAGCCGCAGCAGCAACAGCGAAAGCGGUAGCAGAUCAAGCCAAGGCAUCGAUAGUAACCGCAAAUGCAUCUUGCGCUUCGUCCUCUGUUUCCUCAUCCAAUAUCACAACGUCAUCCUCGGCAGCAACAACUUCUUUGUCAGCAAGUUCAGCAUCCAUUGCUACAGCACCAUCAAGUAGUACGACAACAGCAGCACACUACGAUAAAGAUAGUGAUGCUAUGCAAAUUGAUGAUGAUAUCAAUAUGAUUAGUGCCCAAAAUAACGAUUUAAAUAUUACCAUUUUAACUUCAAAUCAUUGCAGCAGUAGCGUCAGCCUGGAUUGCGCAAGCAAUCUAAGUGGUAUUCACGUUGAAAGUAGUAGUAGUAAUAGCAAUAGCAAUUGUAGUAGCGCAACGGGAAUGAACAAUCGUAGGCAUCAUCGCCGAACCUCAAGUAACGAUGUGAACGAUAUUAAACGGCUCCGUCUAUCGCCCGAUUUGGAUGCUGCAGAACUUAGUCAUGGUAGCAAUAAUAACCACGACAGCAAUAUUGCAGUUAAUUUCACAGUAGGCUCAACUCCCUCAUCAACUCUUCCUUCUUCUUCUUCCACUACUACUACGACUACAACAAACUCAGCAACCAGUCAUUCUACCAUUAGUACAUCACCCAUGGUGGGUAUGAGCAGAAAUGCUUCUAUCAAUAAUCUGAUCACUACGACAACAACGACACUGAGCAGUAAUAGUAGCAAUACCACUAAUGUUUUAAAUCCUAUUCGUCGCUCCACAUCACCGCACGAGCAUCAUUCGCAAUAUCAUCAAUACCAUGCAUCCCUCCAUCAUCAUCACCACCACCACCAUCAUCACCAUCAUUCUCGCAAUACUUCAACCACCCCACAUCAUCAUAUUAGAAGAAGAUCUACUACUAAUAAUGAUGAGUCUGCAACCACUACUACGAAUAAUAAUAGCAGCACUACGGCCGCAACAGCUGCAACAAAUGUCAAUACUAAUAAUAAUGCAAAUACUGCUACAACUAGUAGUGAGAGUAUGAUUAUAGAUGAUACAACUACUAAUAAGAAACGAAGUGGAGGCCCAUCUUCCUUUAAUAAUAACCAUUUCACAUCUUCGUCUUCUGAUUGAAUAAAUAAAAAAGAGGUUUCUUUUUUUUCUUUAAACACCUG